AGUUACCUUCUUACGUUGCAGGAGCGCACUAUGCCGCUGGCGCCCCCAAUUCUGGUUACGUGUACAGCCGAGAAGCGGACGCAUGGCUGCGCCUGCACAUGGUGCCCGCCAGAUGGUCGGACGCGGGCAUGCGCUGCCUCCUCGAAGGUGGCGUUCUAGCUUCUCCCACGACCAAUGCCAUGGCCCAGGUGAUGGCGGCCAUUAUGGAUGACCAUAAGCUGACUCGCAGCGUGUUCACCGGGAUCAACUCUAUCUUAGUCAGGGAAAACUUCACGUCUCUUGAAGGAGUGCCGUUGUCAUCUAUCCCGGUUGGCUGGGCCGCCGGUCAGCCGGACAACGACAAUGCGGACGAGGACUGCGUGGCGCUGACGGGCGGGGCCAAGAUGGAGGACGUUAGCUGCGAGAGUGUGCUGCCAUACUUCUGCAAGAAGGCCAGUAAGACCAUUAACUGUGGAGAUGGAGAACAUGGUAAGAGCAUCACUGAAACUUUUAUGUACUAA